CCCAACAGGCGAACACACAUGAACAUAGUAAGAAACAGGAACAACAAGGACUUUCAGGGAACUUUUGUCAAACGUUUGUUCCAGCACGCAGGUAUGACGCGCUGUCAGAAUUUGUUUGUUGGCGUCUGUUUAUAUUUGAGUCACAUCAGUGGAUCACAGAACACAUAUAGACCUGUCGCAAUACCAGACCAGGCUUAUUUUGCUGAACCAUUUGAUGUUAGCACACUGGACAGAAACUGGGUUUUGUCCAAGGCAGUGAAAGAUGAGCAGCUGAAAAUUCUUAAAUAUAAUGGGAAGUGGGCUGUAGAGGAGCCUUUUACACCGGAGUUAUUGGGAAACAAGGGCCUAGUCCUCAAGUCCCCGGGUCGACACCAUGCCAUUGCUGCAUACUUGCAAAAAGCAUAUCAGUUCAAAGACAAAGUUCUAUGCUUGCAGUAUGAAGUUUUAUUCCAAAAGCGGGUUGAUUGUGGUGGAGCCUACAUUAAGUUGCUGUCUCAUUCUGACGAUCUUCGUUUGAGCCAGUUCAGCGAUGCCACCCCGUACACAAUUAUGUUUGGUCCAGACAAGUGUGGCAGGACACACAAGGUACAUUUCAUUUAUCGUCUUUGGAACCCCAUCACUGGGACAUAUGAGGAAAAGCACGCUCGGCAACCAGAAAUGGAUCUUAGUGACUAUUUCGUAGACCACCGUUCACAUCUCUACACUCUAAACUUAUACCCUAACAACACAUUCGAAAUCCUCAUAGACCUGACACUUAUUAAUAAUGGCAGUCUUUUGGAAGAUAUGGACUCCCCAGCAACGUCUGAAAAAGAAAAUGCUGAAGAGACAACUGCUGUCUUGGUAGAUAGGUCUCAGAGAUCUGUUCCAAGAUUUGAGCAACAUGAUGGAUCAAAUGAUGUUGAUGGAGAGUGCAGUGCUUUUACUGAAGCUUCAGACUGUGAGCUCUUGACCCUUAAUCCAGCUUCUAACAAGCCAAAGAAAAAAUCCAGCAGCAGCCCGGAUGAUAAAGGAAACAAAGGAGAACACUUUGAGGAUGCUCAGCCACUCAGAUUGAGCCCUGUCACCGCUGUAGGCUUUGAGUUGUGGUCCCUCACUGGAGAUGUGAUGUUUGACAACAUCUUGCUAUGUGACAAUUUGGAAGUUGCCAGCCAUUGGACAAAAGACACCUGGGGUCAGAGGCAGACACUAGGAAUGUUGGAAAAGCUGUUGGUGGCAACAAUCAAACGGCCAUGGCUCUGGGGUGUCUAUGUCUUCACUGUUGGCCUUCCUAUGAUCCUCUUUAUUAGUUUCAUGUGGCCCGAUAAGCGAUUUGGUCCACCGGAUCAGGAUUAUUACUAUAAAAAAACAGAUGAGCCGCAGACAGAUGGAGCUCAGGACAUGGAGAAACCCAUUGAUCAUGACAACCCCAGCCAGACAAGAAUCGAGGCAAAAGAAAGAGCAAUCAAGAGGAUUCAGAAAAAGUCAGACUUGGAGUUAAAGAGUGAGAGUAUGAGAUGCUGAGAGAGAGACAUGCAUCAUCAACCUGAACACUUCUCAUUGUGUAAAAUGAUGACGUUCAUUCAUGAGCGGUUCGCUUACAUUCAUCACUGAUUUGUAAGAGAGUGACAUUUUAUUUUAUAAUGAAACUUUUGAGAACACACAACAAAUGAUGUGUAUUUUAGAAAACGUUCAUGUCCUUAAUUUUAAUUUUACAAACUAAAUGUAAAGCACUGGAACUUAAUAAUUAGUCAUAUUUGAAUGUGAAAUUGUUACAAUGUAUUAUUGUACCGAAUGUAACGUGUUUUAUAUAGGGCUGUCAAUCUAUUCAGUGUAUUAAAUUAAUCUGUAACUCAUGCAAUAAUCUGAUUAAGUAAUUUAUCACAUAUCAAUAUUUGAUGAGAAAGGCCAUCAAAUAAAGAAUUCAAUUUAUAAUAAGAAAAUUCAUUAGAUAUAAAGUAUAGAAUUAUAAUAAUUCAUAACUCAAAUGACCUGGCACAACAUUAUUGUGGCUGACAAGUAAAGUAUUGAUUAGACACAGGCAUGUGAAAAUAAGCUUAAAAAUAAGUAGGAAAAUGUACUGAGCAAAGACUGCGGGACCUCAAACAAUGAUUUUUAAUAAACACAUGGCUAUUGUUGAUCAUCAGAAAACCACCCAAACAGAGUUUGACUGCAUCUUGAAUGGUAAUAAUAAACAUCUCGUAUUGAUGUGCUGCUCUGUAUUUUCUCUUGCACACAUCCGCUAGAGAGGGUUGCAAGCUCGUGAAGUGCUGAUUAAAGCUGUCAAUGCAGAUAAUGUUUUAAACGCAGAAUUAGUUUUUUGCAUUACAAGGCAAAGGCCAUAUCGUCAUUUCAAUCUUAAUUUAAUCCAAAAUUCUGUAUUGACCGAUAUCAUACCAAUGUUUCAGAGGUCAGCAUCUUCAGAUUUUAAAGGGUUUUGGAUGGUUUCCCCUAGGCAUGCAACGAUACUGGUUUCGGAAUCGGGUCCGAUACCACGCUCAUGCACUUAUACUUGUAAAAAUGCUCAGAUACCAAAAACCGAUACCAUCUGAUGUACAAAUGCCAUUACGUAAACAUUCAGCACUUUACUCUGUUUGUAGCAGAUGACAGCAGGCAGAACACAAAUUCACUUUUUAUAACGAGUCAUAUUCAGAUUACACAUUUAUAUAGUAGCCUUUUGCUGUUUAAUAAUUACUGUGUUUCAAAAAGUGACCUGCUUUUCUGGAUUGGGAAUCUGCCGUCAUUAUGUCAGAGCUUCAAAAUAGAAGCUCAGCCAGAAUAAAUAAUGAAAUAAUUUACAUGAAAAAGGUAUGACAGAAAUGGAUCACUACUGUAUAUUUAUGUAAUAUUCACUGUUAUGCUACUACUAAUAAUAAAUCAAUAGUAACUGUGUAUAUCUCACAUCUGUGAUGCUCUGUUUUGCAGCACUUUAUUUGACAAAAAUAACUCCAAUGUUGUAGUUAGGAUUGUGUUGUGAGGUUCUGUAUAAAAUCACUACAUUUGAUAAUAAUAAUUCAUGUUGAAAAUGUAUUGUUAUACUUUAAUUUGAUUAAAGUUUUAAUUUGUUUAUUUAAACACAAUUUUGAUUAUAUGUUGAUUGCCUAAUACUUAGAGUUGCAUAAUUACACAUACAAUAACAAUAAUUGUUUGUUUUUUAACCAUUAUUAAUUGUGUUAUUAGAAAUGUACCUUAAUAGGUCAUAUUGAUGCAACUGUAUUGGUGUUGGCUCUGCGUUUUGUUGAAUAAAGCACUCGAUUG